CGACCACGGUCUCGAGCGGUUUCGAUCCACAGGCAUUGAUGAUCCCUCGAUCCAUAAAGUCCAGUUUCGAAAACGACAGAAGCCGCGCGAAAAUGUACAAACUUUGGUGCAGUGAACACACGUGCCGGAUUAAGGAUCGACUGUGAUCGAUGGAUCUCUACCGUGCGACCGGGUAUCCCGAGAGGAUCUAGAACAGUGAUCCGAAACUUUCUUGUUGCAAAAUUUCUGUUUGUGAGACGCGAUCGACCGGAGCAUCGGACUCUCGGGAUAUCUAGCGGGAUCUACAGGCUGGCUCUCUCAAUUACAAAUUACACAAGACUCUUUCAGUGGCUUAAUUGAGGCUAAUUGCUUGAUUAUAUCUGCAAUCUCGGCAAUCUUAUUAAUUGUUACUUGAAUUUUCGUACACCGACUACAACUCCAGGAUGGAGGAUAAUGACCAUAGAUAAAAUGUUGCUGGUAUAGCGCUGGUCGAUUAGGACGGCUGCAGGAAGCUUUGUUUUAGAAAGGACUUUGUUCGGAGCCGCUGGUCAGUACCUCUCUGCGAAGACAAUCAAGGUCAGGGACUCUGCGAUCACCGAGCACCGCCCAUCAAAAUGGCGAGGCAGCAGACAGCCGACCGCAACAUCCCUCACCUGAGGGACAUAUUCGGGUUCGGCAGCAAGUGGGAAAACACCAGACUGCAGGCCGAGGAGAAGGCCGCCGGCCACGAUAGCGCCGUGUCCGUCGGCUCGACGUCCGGCGAGGAGGAGAGUCCUAAAAACAGCAAGAAGAAGAAGUCACGCCGCCGCGACAACAGCAAAACCUUGACGGAGAGCGACGUGAAACACCUGGAGAGACACCUGUCCAUGAAGAAGACGAUCCGCAAGAAGAUCAUGCGGGACCUGCAGCAGGCGUUCGUCGAGGACCCGAACGAGUUCCGCGUGGACGACAUACCGCCGGAACAGCUCAAGGCCGAAAUCAAUAUUCAGAGCCUUAGCUUCGGUACACCCUCGCAGAAGCAGGGACGCACGCGUGGCAACGCCGAGAACACUUUCCUGGACAUGCUGAGAGCCGGAGGUUUGGAAAAGAACGUGGCAGACGGUGACAGAGACUCGGGCCACGGUGGUUCCCCGACGAGAGAGACACCCAGCGCCCAGGACACCGACGAAGAGUCGAGCUAUCCCUACGACACACCGGUGGCAACGCCGUCGAAGAAGAGCGGCAAUUUCUGGAGACGUUUCACCAUGAAGAACCGCAACAAGCGGUAAAUCGUCCCCGGGAGGAAAACGAUUGUCCCGACGCGUACCGACACUUUCUUAUUCCCGUUUCCGUAACUGUACCAACUUCGUUAUUCGAGCAGAGCUUGCAACUGUGAUAUACAUAAAUGAAGAAGACGAUGGAGAAGAGGAAACAACCGAGUUGUACCGUGUGAAAAUAAAAAACAGCGCACCUCCCGUAAAACUCUUUCGUUGGCCCCGUGGAGCUUCCGAUUUUAGUGUAUCGACGAGCAAGGACCAAACGCUUCGAUCGGACACCGCGCGACAAACGAAAAGAUCAAUAAUCAAAAGUCACAGAAGCAUAUCAUAUUUUUAGAAUUCUUUCGGACGGCGUUUUGAAAACAACGCGUUUUUAUGUAUCCUAUUGAUACGUGUUUUUUCGACAGGUUUUUGUAAAUAAUUAGAUAACGGAAGCUCCACUGGAAACCACUGGUCGUGUGUACUUAAUCUAGAAUUAGGGGAGCGUCCUGGUCUGGGAAGUAUUAAUUUUUCGUUUGCCUGAAAAUUCGAGGACUCCGGUAAAACGCGGAUCUAAGAAUACACCGAUAUCUGACGGUAUUGGUUUCGUAGAUUCGUGAAUAAAAAAAUGUCCGGACUAGUACGUUCUCCUAAGAGAUGCAGCGAACAUCUAGUAUACAAUAUAUUUAGUCUCUAAGUAUAGUUAGUUCGAGUCUUCAUUUUUUUUCCGUAAUUUUAAGGACGAGGAAAUCCAGGUGAAGUAAUUCUAUGAAACGUUGAAUGUGCACACAACUCUUUCGUCAUACCUGUACAUUGUUAGUAUUAGCUAGUCAGCAAAUUUUACAAAACGACCGAAGAACAAGCAAAUUUGAUACUGCCCGAACAACCCGUGAAAUUCGAUUUUCCAUAAUUUCUAUUAUACAGAGUUUCGAAUUAUUUAUUUUCGACGAAGUGCAAUUAUGUUCUCGGUUGGUCUCGAUCAGAACAGCAUUUUCAUGCUCCCGAGUUGUAACGACUAGACACGAAAGUUCUCAACGAUAUCGUGCGUUGUAAAGGUUGAUAUUUAUUGUACAUGUUGUCAAAUGAAAUUCCAUUGUUCCUACUGUUCACUUCAGGACGCUUUAACAGGAUCACCGUAACUAACUGUUAACAAUAAUCAUUCACCUGAUGUAUCAACUGCAAUGCUAACUGUAAAUGUAUCAUACGUAAACCACAUCAAUGUAAAGAUAGUUAAAUAAAAGUUCAUCUCGAAA